AUGGAUGCUCUUAGGGAAAAAUUCGAUUGCCACCGUCAGAUCUGCAUGUGUCACUGGGAUUUGCUUUUCGACUAUCCCAAAAUAACUAAAGAAACACCCGAAGCUAUAGACGAUCUUAUCGAGACAGUCAGAGUACAUCUCCAAGCGUUAGAAAGACUCGGGGACCCAGUCACGUCAAACGCCAUUCUCAUAAAGCUUGUCACGUCGAAGUUACCUUCAGCCGUUGUUCGCGAAUGGCAACAUACCCUACCGGACAAGAAAUUGCCGCCAUAUACGCAUUUAGUAGAUUUUCUAAAAACACGGACGAAUAGCGACAGAGCGUGUUCAUCAUUAACCGUCAAAAAAGGGGCGUCCGAUCAACACGACCGUCGGCGACAGGACGCGCCGCGAAGCUAUACAUUCAUAACUACACAUAAUACGUUGUUGUGUCCGAACUGCCACGGACAACACGAAUUAUGGAAUUGCCAUGUCUUCAAAACGAAGACGCCCAAAGAACGCCUGGAAAUCGCCAAAAGGGCGUCGCUCUGUACCAAUUGUUUAGGCAAGGGACACGCUCUCACUCAAUGCUCCGCGGGAUCAUGUCGCAUCUGUAGACAGCGACAUCACACGUAUCUGCAUCAAGACCAGGGGCAUAAGGAUCGGAAAUUCCAACAAAUCUUGUGGCGCAACUCGGACGGAGAAGUGGACAUCUAUCAACUUAACACAGUGACAUUCGGGCUGUCAGCGGCCCCCUAUCUAGCCAUUCGGUGCCUCAAACAACUGGCAGACGACGAGGGACAUCGAUACCCACGAGCAGCGAUGGUCUUACAGCGAGACUUCUACGUCGACGAUGUUCUCACAGGAGCCGAAACAAAGAACGAGGCACAAUCACUAAGAACGGAGCUCAUAGAAUUGCUUAAAUUAGCCGGCUUAAACAUCCGAAAAUGGGCAGCGAACGACCGGGAACUGCUACGAGGACUUUCCGAGCAGGACAUAAACGAUAAGCUGCUACUAGGCGAAUCGCAAACUUUCAAAACUCUGGGUGUUGUUUGGAAUUCCUUUGACGAUUCGAUCCUAUAUUCCGUCAAAAUCAAUCCUACCGCCUCUCGAAUUACGAAGAGAACAAUCAGCUCCGAAAUUGCCAAGAUCUACGACCCUCUUGGAUUACUGGCACCAGUGAUCGUUCGCGCUAAGAUGUUGCUCCAACGACUUGGGACUUUAAAACUUGACUGGGACGAAUCUCUUCCGGCUGACGUACACACAGAGUGGAGCAAAUAUUAUUCACAGCUACCUUUGCUAAAUAACGUGAAGUUUCCACGUAAAGCUAUAAUCAAGACUGCAGCGGAAAUUGAAUUACACGGAUUCUGCGACGCCAGCGAAAGGGCGUAUGGGGCAUGCGUCUACCUUCGCACCAUCGCUCCGGAUGGUCAUGUUUGGACACGACUCCUCACCGCAAGGUCAAAGGUGGCUCCACUCAAAUCACAAACCAUUCCAAGGCUGGAACUGAGUGGAGCACUUCUUUUCGCAUCAUUGGCCACUACAGUCCUUCAAGCGUUACCAAGCAACAUUUCUCGGACCGUUUACUGGACUGAUUCUACAAUCGUUUUACACUGGAUUAAUACAUCACCCCAUACGCUGAAAACCUUCGUCGCCAAUCGUGUGACAGAGAUUCAACAAAAGACUCACACCUCAGGUUGGCGCCACAUUCCCACUACCGAUAACCCUGCAGAUCUCAUAUCUCGAGGCCAAUCACCCCAAGACUUCCUGCGAUCUACCAUUUGGCAACAUGGACCAGAAUGGCUCCAACAACCUGAAAAAUACUGGCCGUCGUGGAACCCAGUACCAUUAGUUGAAAUACCAGAGCAAAAGAAGGCAACAUGUCUGUCCGUGACUCCGCCUGACCACAGUCUACUGGAGAGAUAUUCUUCUUGGCCCAAGCUGAUAAGAAUUGCCGCUCGUUGCUUCCGAUGGAGGCAAAAACAGGAUCGGGGGGGACCUCUAACCACACAUGAUUUAACCAAUGCGCAUAACAAAUUGGUCAAAUUGUUACAACUCUGUUAUUUUCCAGAUGAAAUACGUACUCUCCGCACAGAUCGAAAUUCUGCAGUGAAGGGGAAGCUGCAACGACUCAAUCCAUUUCUGGACAAGGACGAGAUAUUGCGAGUCGGAGGCCGACUCAGUCAUUCACCAAUGCCCUUCACUCAGAAACACCCAAUCAUUCUACCCAAAUCCUCAGUUACAGCACUCAUAAUCGAGCAUGAACACCUCCUAAAUCUCCACUCCGGAACUCAAGCUACCUUAUAUGCCUUAAGGAGAUCUUACUGGCCUAUCGACGGCCGUAGUCAAGUUUGGAGCACGCUGAAGAAGUGCGUACGUUGCUGCCGAGCCAAUCCACCUCCAGUAGAGUACGUAAUGGGCGACCUUCCAGCUGCACGGAUAACGGAAUCUCUUAAAGCAGUCCAUCUCGAGCUGGUCACCGAUCUCACUAGCGAGGCCUUCAUUGCUGCUCUGCGAAGAUUCAUCGCUCGCCGAGGAUUCUGUGUAACAAUUUAUUCUGACAACGGCACCAACUUCGUUGGCGCCAACAAUGAAUUACGAGAGCUCCGAAACCUCCUGCAGUCCGACGAUCAUAAGGUAAGGAUUCAGUCCUUUUUAGCCGAUCGACGAAUCGAAUGGCACUUCAUUCCUCCCAACUCACCUCACUUCGGCGGGCUGUGGGAGGCUGCGGUGAAGUCCUUCAAACGACAUCUCAGACGUGUCGCAGGUAACGAGCUCUUAACAUACGAAAAUUUGAACACACUGAUCAUUGAAAUCGAGUCUAUCCUCAACUCCCGUCCUCUGACUCCAAUAUCAUCUGACCCAAACGAUCUUCUUGUCCUUACUCCCGGUCACUUCCUCAUCGGAGAUGCAUUAACAAGCUUUCGAGAACGAGAUUUCCGGGACACUCCAUCCAAUCGUCUCUCCAGCUGGCAACAUAUUCAAAGGAUCAAACAACAUUUCUGGCGCCGUUGGCAUCGAGAAUACCUGAACGAGCUGAACAUCCGAAAUAAAUGGAGCAAGGGCAGUCACGACAUCCGAGUAGGCACCGUAGUAGUCCUCAGGGAGGAUAACGAAAGACACGAAGAAGAAGAAAUGGAGAAAAUAAGGAAGAUCAAACAGAACAAGAAGCAUUGGAAAUACAUAAAUAAAUAUAUAAGAAGUAGAGAAGGUAUAGAUGAGGAUAUAAGCGAAGGAGAAUGGAGAAACCACUUGAUGGAAAUUUUAGAAGGAACAGAGCACAAGGAGGGUAGAAAAACGGGGGGUCAUGGAGAGGAAGAGAAAAUAAUGGAGGAGAGAGAAGAUAAUAUAGAGAAAGAAUAUACUAGCUAA